CGUGUCUGCCUGGUUCCCGCGGGGAUCGCCGAAUAAUCGCUAUCACGCACCCGCCCCGCCGGGCGGAAGGCUGCUCGGUCACUGCUCCGAUGGCUCUGCCACCUCCGGAUCCACAGUUUGUGCUCAGAGGUACCAGUGCUCCAGUCCACGCUCUGCAUUUUUCCUGUGGAGGCCCAGAACCUGAUAUCCCCCUUCUUUUCUCUGGGUCUGAGAAUGGGUUUAUCCAUGUCUGGAACCUGAAAACACACAGAGUGGACACAGCAUUGGAUGGCCAUGGAAGAAAAUCUGUCUACUGCGUGGAGACAAUGGGUGGUAAAGACAGACUUCUCAGUCAGGGGCGCGACCAGAGGAUCUGCUUGUGGGAUUUAGCAGAGGGACGGACUUCAGUGACGGAUUCUGUCUUCACGGAGCAUGUGGGAUUCUGCAGAUGCUCUCUGUUAAAGGUGGCACAGGGACGCUGGCUAAUGGCCAUGGCAGCCAGAAGUGUGGAGGAGGUUCAGAUUUUGGAGCUGCCAUCCAAGACGUCAGUCUGUACCUUGAAGCCAGAGGUGGGUGCCAAGCUGGGCAUGCCCAUGUGUCUGAAGUUAUGGCAGCUCAGCUGUGGUUCACAACCUGUGCUUCUGGCUGGCUAUGAAGAUGGAUCAGUUGUCCUCUGGAAUGUGUCAAUGGGAAAAGCCUUGAGCCAACUCACUUGCCACCAGGAGCCAGUGAUGAGCCUUGACUUUGACUCAGAGAAGGCCAAGGGGAUCUCGGGCUCAUCUGAAAAGGUGCUUAGCAUCUGGAGCCUCAAUGAGCAACAGAACCUCCAGGAAGAAAAGCACAUGCUGGGACAUCCAGUGGUGACUCCUCACCUGGGGAACACUGUAAAGGUGUGGAAUCUUAUUGUUUUUCACAAGAAUGUAGGAGGUAAACAGCGUGUGCAGGUGAAUAAACAAAGAAGAACUAAGAAAUCUGAUACCAGAAGCUUCUUUUUAUAUGACAAGAGAAAAAAUCACAUAAGCUGUAAUGUUUACAAAACACACGAACUUGUCAAUGCUGGCAUAUCUGAUAUCACCAUCCGUCCGGACAAGAAGAUUUUGGCAACAGCAGGGUGGGAUCAUCGCAUCAGGAUCUUUGGCUGGAAGAAGCUGAAGCCGUUAGCAGUGCUGGACUAUCACACUGCAACCGUCCACUGCGUGUCCUUCUCAGACCACAGCAGCCCCCAGCACAGACUGCUGGCAGCUGGCUCCAAAGAUCAGCGCAUCAGUGUCUGGUCCAUAUAUGCUCACACGUGACACAACCUGCACUGCCAUGGAGAGGAAAACAGGACUGGUGAAACAAUUCCUAGCACUGUAAUUCAAAUGUGUGUGGGAAAUGGUAGAAUCUGUCUCCAGGCUGAAGUGAGAGUCCUAGCUUAAUUCUUAUGCUGCUUGUUUAAGCUGUAAGUUUUGUCUUCCAUAAAGGAAAGUGGAUUUUUAAAAUUCAUAAGCAGAGCAAGGCCAGUAACAAACAAAGACCAAAGUUGCUUCAGGUUCUGCUACAGGUUUUGCAACACCUUUCCUUUGGCAGGUUGCUGACAUAACUUGUGCCAAUAUCUUUUGUAAAAAAGGACUGGAAUCCCUCAAACUGCAGUGGGGGCAGAAUAUGUCUGUUUGUAAGUCAUUUAUGUAUCCAAGAAUCUGAAUCAGUGUAAAACAUCACUCUUUCUUGAAAAUUUAUACCCAUUAAAGCACCUCCAGUGGUUUCUCAUUGUCA